GCACAAACCCGUGUGUCAGAUAUAUAGAGUUCUGCGUAGUAGAAGCUCACAGCAGCAGAAAGAAUUAAUCUACAAGUUGAAAGACGUCAACUUUACUGUUUUUUGUUUGGAGUGAAGAUUUCCUACUGAAGGUAACCAUGGUGAUGGUGAAGAUCUCUGCUUUCCUUGCUGCCUACGCCCUGGUCACCUGUCAGGUGUACACUUCAUACGCCUCACCUGUCAGACCCAGUGUUGACCGGACAGACCGCAUCACGCUCUCUGACUACGAGGCUCGACGACUACUCAACGCCAUCGUCAAAGAGUUCGUCCAGGUGACAGCUGAGGAGCUAGCCCAGCAGGAGAAUGAGGGGAACAGCAGCGUCUCGGCGCAGAAGCGGGCGUGUAACACGGCCACCUGCGUGACGCACCGCCUGGCGGACUUCCUCAGCCGCACCGGGGGCAUGGGCAGCAGCAGCUUCGUCCCCACCAACGUGGGCUCCAAGGCCUUCGGCCGGCGGAAGAGACAGAGCGGCAUGUGAGCUGGAGCUCCGGGGGCAAGAACACGGAGCCUGAUCCUCCUCAACACUACAGCCUCAUCUUUACUGGGGAAGAAGGAACCUUGUGCCCCAUCCAUAAAAUCACCUUCAGCAGAAGAAUGGUCUCCACACCACAAGACUCAAUUAUUACAUUUAUUUAUUUAUUAUUUUGCUUAAGUGAACACGAAGAGAAAAAAAAAAGUUCUGUAUAUUAUUAACUGCUAAUCACAUUCGUUCUGAAAACCUUCAUUUUUAAAGAGGCAAAAUCCAUUUGAAAUGGGAAAAAAAAUCCUGUCUUCAGUUUCUCUGGCAUAGAGCACACCUGUAGCCCGUUGUGCCCCAGUGCACCUGGCGCUGCGCACGCACAGGCUCUGCUUCAUCUAAAACCACUUUACCUGACAUGACUGUACAGUAUGUUUACAGUUAUAAAUAUGUUAAAAAUGACUCCAGAAACAUAACGUUGUAACAAUUGUGAAUUUCAGCAAGAUUAAAAAUGUAUUUUAGAUACA